CCCACCUCAAUCCAAACUCGUUCUCCAUCUUUUGCUUCCCAGACGACGGCAAGCUGUGUAGUGUUGAAGUGAAAAGUGCUUGAAAUGUGAUUUUUUGAAACGAUAAAUACCUACAACAAAUACCGAAAAAAGAAACGUUCAAACCCCUAAAUCAUCAUGCUGGAAAUCACCAAGUCCUUGCGGGAUAUUCUCGUGCCCAAAUCAUUCGACUCGACCAACACGGUUUGGCGCCUCCACAGCCGGAUCACCGUGUACAUGUUGGUCUUUUUCACCAUCCUGCUGUCGGCCCGGUCUUAUUUUGGGGAACCGAUCGAAUGCAUCAGCUCGGCAGCACCCACCGUUAGGGCCAGUCUACACAGCUUCUGUUGGACACUGGGAACGUACAUCAGCCGCGAUCCGAAUUUUGUGGAAGCCAGCUGGGACAUCAUCGAAAUAGGAACGCACAUGGGUCACAUUCCCAAAGAAGAACGACUCUACCAGAAGUACUACCAGUGGGUUCCGUUCCUGUUGGCCAUUCAGGCAUUCCUGUUCUCGUUCCCCAAACACUUGUGGCGAUUUUGCGAACGCGGUCGUCUUGAAACGUUGUGUCACAAUCUGACUUCUAUCCUUUCACCUGGUGCGUGGACUCGGAAGCGUAAAGCCUUAACUCUACUUUAUUUGACCCAAGAGAGCCGCAAGGGACACAACAAAUACGCAUUGAUUUUUAUCGGAUGUGAGAUUCUCAACUUUUUCAUAGUCCUCCUGAACAUGUUCUUGAUGAACUUCUUGUUCGGAGGUUUUUGGGCCAGUUACCAACCGGCCAUUCAGGCACUGCUUUCACUGGACAUGAACGCCUGGACUUCGUAUAAUUCUCUGGUCUUUCCGAAGCUGGCCAAAUGUGACUUCAGCUAUAUUGGCCCAAGUGGAUCCAAGCAAAACUUUGAUGCCCUGUGCCUUCUGCCGCAGAACAUCGUCAACGAGAAAAUCUUCGCCUUCCUGUGGCUUUGGUUCAUUGUGCUGGCCGUCGUAUCCGGUGUGCAACUGUGCUACAGGCUGGCGCAGCUUUCCUGCCGCAGCGUUCGGUUCCAACUGUUGUUCAGCUUGUUGGACCCAAUCAGCUACCAUCGUUUGAAGCGAGUUGUCCGGGAAGCCAACAUCGGAUACUGGUUUCUACUGUACCAAAUGGCUCGCAACAUCAAUAAGGGUGUGAUGAGGGAAAUCAUCCGGGAUCUGUCCAGAAUCGAUCAAGAGCUAAACAUGUCGAAAUCGAACGUAAAUGAGCUGCAAUUGGAGGUCGAGGCCGAGGAUGAAUUGGAGGAGAUUGAAGAUGACGAGGCAACGGUGUGAUCGAUAAAAGUAUCGUCCUAAGACUUAUUCAGAAGUGUGGCCCAAGGAGAGAAGGUACCACGAAAUCAAUUGAAUUAUUAUUGAGUUGAGUUUCUGUUUUGUUGUGUAAAUAAUUGAACUGGUGAGGGGUUUUUCUUUUUAUAUUGACGUCGUUCAUAUGCCAAUCCAAGCGACAUAUUGUUGUACUAAUGUGUUCCUUAUAGGCUUAAGGAAACUUAUAUUGCAAAUAUAGAAUAAAGUAUGUGAAACAUAA